CACUAGUUUUUGAAAGUGAAAGUAAAUGAACUGAAGAGGAAAGAGGCCAGACCGACAUGUUGAAGUGUGAGAGAUUCCUGAACACCCCUGUGGGGGGAUUCAGCUUUGAGAACUGCCGUAGGAAUGCAGCAUUGGAGAGCGAACUGCAGCAGAUGGGCUACAAACCCCCAAAAGCAAAGAAGACAGGGACCACGAUCGCUGGCAUCAUCUUCAAGGAUGGGUUGAUUCUGGGCUCUGAUACCCGGGCCACGGAUGACAUGGUUGUUGCUGACAAGAACUGCAUCAAGAUCCAUCACAUUGCCCCCAACAUUUACUGCUGUGGUGCAGGCUGUGCAGCCGAUGCUGAAGUUACGACACAGAUGAUGGCCUCUAACAUCCAGCUGCAUACUCUGUCAACAGGCCGCAAACCCCGCGUGGCCAUUGUUAACCGGAUGCUGAAACAGAUGCUGUUCAGGUACCAGGGGCACAUUAAGGCAUCAGUGAUUGUUGGUGGUGUAGACUGCACUGGGCCCCACCUGUAUGCAGUAUACCCUCAUGGUUCCACAGACAAACUGCCCUUCGUCGCCAUGGGUUCUGGUUCAGCAGCUGCUAUGGCUGUACUGGAAGAUCGAUUCCAACCAAACAUGGAGGAAGAAGCAGGCAAGCAGUUGAUCCGUGAGGCCAUCACAGCUGGAAUAUUCAGUGACCUUGGUUCUGGGAGCAACGUUGACCUCUGCAUCAUCACUGAGAACAAGACCGAGUUUCUCCGUGCCUUUGACAGCCCAAAUAAGAAGGGCCAAAGGGAGGGAGUGUACCGCUACAAGAAGGGCACCACCUCUGUCCUGACAGAAAAAGUCACUCCACUCGCUGUUGACCUGGUGGAGGAGGUUGUGCAGAGAAUGGACACUGAGUAACACUAAGAAGGAGCCCCAGCAUCUCUGCAGGCUCCAGCAGGAAGACCGAGAUGGGCAGAAGGAUCUCUGCGUCAGACAGUCCAUUUCUGCCACAUGAUAAUUACAUAGAAUCAAUUAGGUUAUUAUCUUACACAUUGUAUCCGGUAUGUAUACUGUAUCCGGUAUGUGGAUUGUACCAGUUAGUUUCCAAAAUAAAAGAGACCUCAGGACAAGGAA